GAGAGGCACAGCAGCUACAGCAUGGGAAGAAAAUCACUGUAUCUUCUGAUUGUGGGGAUCCUUGCAGCCUGUUAUAUUUAUACGCCUCUCCCCGAUAACACUGAAGAGCCAUGGAAAAUGAUGUGGUUGAACACAUAUCAGAAAACUAUAGCAUAUUUGGCUUCAUUUGUUGAGCUGCUUGGACUGAACCAUUUUAUGGAUACUUUUAAUACCAUCAUGAGUGUAAAUGACGUCCCACCUACCUCAGAUGAAAAUGUCACUGUGACCGAGACAAAAUUCAACAACAUUCCUGUUCGUGUAUACGUGCCAAAGAGGAAGUCAGAAGCACUAAAGAGGGGUGUGUUUUACAUCCAUGGUGGAGGCUGGUGUUUGGACAGUGCUGCUUCAGAAAGUUAUGACCAGCUGUCAAGAUGGACAGCAGACAGACUUGAUGCUGUUGUUAUAUCAACCAACUACAGAUUAGCACCUAAGCAUCAUUUCCCAACUCAAUUUGAAGACGUGUAUAAUGCCUUAAGGUGGUUCUUACGCAAAGAAGUUCUUGCAGAGUAUGGCGUGAACCCAGAGAGAGUUGGUGUCUCUGGAGAUAGUGCAGGAGGGAAUUUAGCUGCAGCAGUGACUCAGCAGCUUUUAGAGGACCCAGAUGUGAAGAUCAAACUCAAAAUCCAGUCUUUAAUAUAUCCUGCCCUGCAGACUCUUGAUCUGGAUUCACCAUCAUAUCAGGAAAAUGCACAGUUUCCAUUUCUAUCCAAAUCAUUCAUGGUCAGGUUCUGGAGCGAAUAUUUUACCACGGACAGGUCGCUGGAGAAAGCCAUGUUUUCCAACCAACACGUUCCUGUGGAAUCCAGUCACCUGUUCAAGUUUGUUAACUGGAGUUCCUUGCUCCCAGAGAGGUUUAAGAAAGGCCACGUUUAUAGCAGUCCACGUCAGGGUAGCUCCGAGCUGGCCAAGAAGUAUCCAGGGUUCCUAGAUGUGAGGGCGGCCCCCCUGCUGGCUGAUGACAGCAAGCUGCGUAGUUUACCCCGGACCUACGUCAUCACCUGUCAGUAUGACGUCCUUCGAGAUGACGGACUCAUGUACGUCACCCGACUUCAGAACGCUGGAGUUAGGGUGACGCAUAACCAUGUCGAGGAUGGAUUCCAUGGAGUAGUUUCAUUUUUGGAUCUUAGAAUUAGUCACAGAAUGAUAAGUCAGUAUAUUAGUUGGCUCAGGGAAAAUCUAUAGUACAACUGGUAUCAAUUACAUAUUUCAAAAAUAUUUUUAAAAUCAAAGAGACCCCAUCUUGG